AUGCGACGUAGUUUCAAGCGGUUACAUGCCUCUUUACGGCCUGAUGCUGUCAUAUUCUUGGGUGAUUUACUAGAUGGGGGGCGAACGACUUUUGGAAAGACCUUUGAUAAAAACAAGGGUCGCUUCUUUGAACGCGUCUUUAUAACUCUUGUACGGUUGUAUGUGGCGGGGAAUCACGAUGUAGGCUUUGGCGACAAAUUGGUCCGACCUUCCAUGGUGCGCUAUAAACGGAUCUUUGGUUCUGUAAAUUAUGAGAUCAAGAUCGGGAAUCACUCGCUAGUCGUACUAGAUACCUUGGCACUGAGUUCCGAGCUCCCAGACAUCCGACAAGAGUCUCAACAAUUUUUGUCACAGCUGAUGAAUGAAACCCCUACACUUCCAAGGAUCUUAUUUACCCAUAUCCCUUUAUAUCGUAUCGAGACAACUCCCUGUGGAGCUGCUCGGGAGACGAAACAGCUGAUUUUAGACCGAAUGGGAGAACAAUACCAGAACAUGAUCCAUGCACCUCUCACACAAGAGAUCUUGCAAGGCAUCCAACCAGACAUGGUUUUCAGUGGUGACGACCAUGACUGGUGCGAAGUAGCUCAUGCUUACAAGAACAGUAAUGUCAAGAGCAGAGGCAAUAGCAACAAGCACUAUAGCUACACACCCGAGGUUACACUUCCAACGUUUAGUUUUGCACAGGGCAUU